AUGUCCCGAUCCCCGGCCGAGGAUCAUUCCCAAGCUUUGAAGAGGGCCAAGGUGCGUGUCCCCCUGAUUCUAGGCUUUUCAGAUGAGGAUAUGGUUGGGACCAUACAGCCUCAUGAGGAUGCUUUGGUGGUAACACUGAGAAUUGGUGGGUAUGACGUUAGAAGGGUGAUGGUUGAUCAGGGUAGCACUGUGGAUGUAAUGUAUCCAGACUUGUACAAGGGGUUAGGUUUGAAGUCGGAGGACUUAACAACCUACAACUCUCCUCUGGUAAGUUUUGAGGGAAGGCUGGUCACUCCUAAAGGACUGAUUAGGCUGCCUGUGCAAGCAGGUACGGAUAUUGUGGAGGUGGAUUUUAUCGUUGUAGAUGUCUUUUCUCCGUACACGGCCAUUAUGGGCAGACCUUGGCUUCACACCCUUAAAGCGAUCUCGUCUACUCUGCAUCAGAAGGUGAAGUACCCAUCCGGAGACCAAGUGUUGGAAAUAGUAGGGAAUCAGGCGGUUGCUCGGCAAUACCAAGUCGCGGCUAUACAACAUCGGCCAGAAGCAGAAACCUCGGCUACGGCCGACAAUGAGCCAUAG